UAACUAGUAUAAGUAGAAGAGUAGUAGAGAGAAGACAUUGGAGACAAAAUCUAUCCAUUUGUUAUUUGUUGAUUUGUUAGAGAAAAGAUAACAUAAAGAAAGAGAAGAUUGAGAUUGAGAGUGAGAGAGAGGAACGGAGAUGUCAGAAGCUGAAGCAGCCAAGGCAAUAGUGAAGGAAAGAGGAGGAGCAGUGCUUGGGAAGAAGACGAUUCUGAAGAGCGAUCACUUUCCUGGCUGCCACAACAAGCGCCUCUCUCCUCACAUCGACGGCGCUCCCAACUACCGUCAGGCAGAGUGUUUACAUGUCCAUGGAGUUGCAAUUCCUACCAUGGAUGGGAUCCGCAAUGUUCUCAAUCAUAUUAAUGCCAAGACUUCCCGUCUUCUUUGGAUUAGUCUCCGCGAAGAACCCGUAGUCUACAUUAAUGGCCGUCCUUUUGUUUUGCGUGAC